AUGAGUCACCAUAGCACCAGCAGUGUGACUGAAGUCAUAACAAGGAACCUGCUCUGGGGCAGUGAACUCAAUCAGGAAAAGCAGGUUUGCACCUUUAGAGCCCAAGGCCAGAAGACAGACAUCUGUAAACUCUUGCUCAGCACGAUCUGCCUGGGCGAGAAAGCCAAAGAGGAGGUGAACCGGGUGGAAAUCCUCUCCCAUGAAGAGAAAAGACCAGCAGUCACUAUUGCCACGCUGAAGGCCUCCGUCCUGCCCAUGGUCACAGUGACUGGUAUGGAGCUUUUUCCUCCAGUAACUUUUCGGCUGAGGGCUGGCUCGGGGCCGGUGUUCCUCAGUGGCCUGGAACAUUAUGAAACUUCAGACCUGUCCUGGGACGAGGAAGAGGAAGAGGAGGAAGAAGAAGAGGAAGAGGAGGAAGAUGAAGAAGCAGAUAUAUCGCUAGAAGAGAUACCUGUCAAACAAGUCAAAAGGGCAGCUUCCCAGAAGCAGAUGAGCGUAGCUAAGAAAAAAAAAGUGGACAAGGAAGAGGAGGAGGCGAGGCCCAGCCCUCAGGACAAGAGCCCCUGGAAGAAGGGGAAAGCUACACCCAAACCUAAGAAGUCGCUGUCCAAGAAAUGA